GCAAUGUGCUAAACAGUUUGAAAAUGCAGGCCGUGUCAUGCUUUGAAAAAAAUCAUUUUAUACUUGAAUUUGGUGGAAAAUGUCGGACCCUAAACGUGCUACUCUUAUAACAGUGGGUGCUCCAAAAAGUGCAAAGAAUAGUGUGAAUAAGACAGUGCGAUUAACUGUAAAUUUGGACGAAAGCAACGAAAGUAAAUAUCCAGAGCUGAAUUACAAGGCACUACUCAUAACAACAGCGAGAAAGAAGAGAGUGGAGAAUGGUAAAACAUCUGGGCUGGACCCUUUUUCUGACAAUGAUGAUGAUGUUGAAAGAGUAGCCAGGAAAUUUGAACAAAAAUAUGGUGGCAAGAGUACAUAUGGCAGAAAAGGCAGAUCUAAAUAUGAUGAAUUUGCUGACAUUGGCGCUGGUUACGAUGAUAAUGACUCAUUUAUAGACAACACACAUGGUUAUGAUGAGAUGAUACCACCUGAGUGUGACACAUUGUAUGGUGGUUUCUACAUAAACUGUGGCUCGCUGGAGUUCAAGACAGUGCCUGAGAACCAAUCUACUGUGUCUGAUGGUGAUCAAAAUAGAAGGAAUAAGAGACGCAUAUCGUCGAGCAGUAGUGAGGAAGAAUCGUCAGAAAGUUCCUCAGAAUCUGACAGUCAAGAGGCAAAGGACCCCAAAGCGAUUGCCAAUGGUGAACUAGAUUCACACAAGACUGAGCAUAGGAAAAAGAAAAACAAAAACAUUGACAAGAAGAAAGCGAAGAAAGUACGAAGAACAGAUUCUUCUGCUGCCACAUCUGGAAAACAGACUUCUGACGAUAACGUACAAGGGGACGCGGAAAGUGCAGAUUCUCGUACUUCCCAAUCUGAUUCGCUGACUUCCAAACCAGCGCCUAGCUCUGAGAACGCUAUCACUUCGGACAGCUCCAGGGACGUAGAAGCGAAGGUGGAAGUAAAGUUGCCAUCUCCAGUUCAAGAGAUUCUGGAAGAACUGGAUAUAUUGGUUCAGCAGGCCAGAGAUAACCCUACCGACACCGCUAAGGCAGACCAGUGUGUGGUUAGGUUAAAUCUCGCACUGUCGAAAGGCGGAGUUGACAGUGCAAUGCGGCGCGCGGCGUGGCACCGGGCGGCUAAGACGAUGCAUAUGUCGCGGGUAAAGCUCUUGCAGCGGGUUAAAGACUUGAAGUCUGAAAUUAUCGCAGAGUGUGAUGCCAUGUCAACACCAACGCCUAAUUUGGAAACUGCUCAAUCCCUCGCAUCUGUAAGCAUCAGCACUAAUACAACAAGCACAGCCCCUAAACGCAAAGCUGAAGACGCCCUACAACCAUUGGACGUCAGCCGCCUCACUCCUGACGAGAAAGAAGUUGAGAUCUCAAACACAUUGGAAAGGCUUAAAGUGUUGAUAGAUGAACGCACACCAGGUAUGAUGGCUGCUUACAAUGCUGAAUGUGAACGAGUCCAAGAAAAGAGAAAAAAGAUCCAAAUAGCCUCAGCAGUGGAAGGAGCCCCACACAUAGACAAGCGACUACCAAAACGCCGUUUCCCUUGGUGCCCGCGAGCCCGGGCGUUGUUGGCACGGCUAGCUGCCCUAGCUGGCGACCCCGAGUCUGCCGCAACCUUGUUAGCCACAAGGGCCUUGAAGCUGUUCCCUUCAGGCUUCGUCAGGAUGCCGACGCUAUUGAGACAGGCAGAUCUCAGCAAAGAAAUCAAAGCAUCCGACAUUAAACGUCAACGCUUAGGAUCAGCCUCACAGGCUGUCAUCGCAAGUACUCAGCAGUUCAAUGAACCAAUACAGUUCCCAAGUUCUUUAACGGUCACAACAUCUGUCAAAAAUAUUGAUGAAAAUGACAAAGAUAAAUACAAAAUUAACCCCGCAGCUGUAUUUGGAACUGUAUUAAACUCGUAUUCUCUUAGUCAAGAUAUAGUAAUGGAGAAAGAAGAUAGAAAGAAAGAUCCAGAACUAUGUAAAGAUGAUAAUAUGUACAUUCCUCCAAAUAUAGGCAGUAUAACGAUAACUCCUGUACCAAACCAAAAAGAAAAGAAAGUUAAUAAUGUUAAUGACAGACCCAAGGAACCACUACUAAGAGUUAAAUCACCUGCAGUAUUAAACGAAAUGGUCACAAACAGAAAAGCUAAAGAUAAAGAAAAACAUAAAAAGACAGAUAAAGACAAGGACCAUAAAAGAAUAGACACACCUUUGACUAUAGAUACAACAAAUCCUAGUAAAAAAGAGCCAGAAAAGAGUCCAAAAAGUAAAGAUGAAUUCAGUAAAAAACAAAUCGAAAGUAUGAGAAUAGCUGAAAAUAAUAUACCUCGACCUGGUUUGGUAUCUGUACAUCAUUCACCAACAUUCGCUAAACCAGAUAAAAGACCACCAGAAGUAAAGAAAAAAAAGGAUAUAGUUAUCGUAUCAGAUCUUGAUCCCUUAAGUGACAUACCUCAGGAACCUGUAGCUAUUGAUGACAGUAGCAGUGAUGUAGAAGUGAUAGAGGAGAAAUCUGCGGACAAAAGUGAACCUAUAAGUGAGAAAAGUGAUAUAGUGCCUUUGAAGGACAGAAGUGACAAAAGUGACAAUCAUAAGACAAUGAAGAACAAUGUAAAGGUUAGGAUUGAGAAAAGUGUUAGUUCUAAGGAAUUUAGAAAGAAGACUGAUGAAUCUACUAAGGAAGAAAUUGAUUCAUUGAUGAGAGAUAUCAGUGAGAUGAAGCAUUCACAAGAACCAACUGCAUUAAACUGCAAUUCCUAUGGAGGUGUUAUUACCAGUGCGCAGAACGAACUUCUUUAAUUAAAAUGGAUUGAUAUAGUGCAGUCACAGGAUGUGUGGCUGCCGAUACUGUUGUAAGGUGAAGAAAUCAUGAAAUGAUUAUAUUGUUAGAUCGAUGAUAUUGAUAGUCUAUUUAUUGAAGAUGGCCGCUUAUUACUAUAAGAUCUAUAAUUGAUAAAUGAUAAAUUACUGAUAGUGUGUGGUUGAUAGUUCUUGUCUGAGUUUUGAAAAAUGUGAAAAUUUUAAGAUCUUCCUUUUUUUUUUAAAGAACUAUACUUUUUGUCAAUUUUCUUACAUUGCCAAAACCGACAUUUUUAAAAGUGUUCCUUUAUAAUAUAUAAUAGAAUAAAAUACCCUUAUUUCCUGGGUAAAUAUAUGAAUAUCAUACACAAAUAAAAAUAUGUUUUCGGUUGUUCUAAAUUCGAAAAUAAAUUAUCUAAUCUCAAUUUAGUUUUGAACUUGUGUCCAACAUUUCUAAAAUCGCCAUAAAUUAAUAGUUUUAAUGAUUAUAAAUCUUUUAGUUGUAAGUCCUUGUAACAGUGGACACGUUCAGUUAAAUCCAUGUUAUCAGGUUGAUGAACAAUGUUAUUGACUGAUUGAAUGUGAUUAAUAAUUGAUUCGUUGUUAUUUUGAUGAAAUGGGGGGGAUUUUAGACUGUCUUUUCACAGACUGAUGCCGGUAUAAACACAUCAGUCUCGUGUCAACUUUUCAACAGUUAUAUCUUCAUCAAAGUCAUAGAUUGAACUGAAACAAACUGGGCUUGUUAUCACCGUAUUAAAGCAAGGUUAACGAGAUAAGGUAAAUAAGAGAAAUUUAACCUGGAUGUUCUUUAUAAAUAUUAAUAUCUUACAUAAAUUACAUUAUUUUCUGCCAUAAUACUCAGUUCACUCCCAGGACUUUCAUUCAACAUUUCACUGCAAGAACAAGAACGCCUGCCUCGGAAUAAUUUAAACCUUUCAGAUUCCUUAUUUAGUAAUUUUUGAAACAUACCUACAGUUGUUAACAUGAUUGUUGUUAAAUUAUCUGUCGCAUUGUAAAAUUUGCGAUGAGUAUAAUACUGUCAUAAUACGGAACUGACAGAAGCAAUUAAACCAGUUUAGGAAUUACCGAUAUAUUUAGGUUUAACAAUAUCAAAGUGUGAGCUGUCAAAAUGUGAGCUUUGUAUGAAGACAGAAGCAGUUAAACCCGUUUAGGAAUUACCGAUAUAUUUAGAUUUAACUGGUUGGUCAUUUCGAUUUGGUUGUAGUAAAUUGGCCGGGGAGCAGUAAAUCAAACCGCUCUAAAAUCAGUACACGUGUACACGGGGCAUAAGAAACUUAGAAAGAGUGCAUCUCCACUUGCUAUCCAUAGCACUGUCUAGAGCAAGAUUAAACACGAGCGGUCAAUCCGCCCAGUUACCGCUCACCCUCAGACAAGAAAAAUCAUUAUCCAGUUCAUAGAUGUCAUUACCAGAUAUACAAUUUAGAAUAUAUAUGAAAAGUUCGAAGCUAUUUUUGUGUUUUUUUUUUUAUAAUAUAGCCUUUCCUAGUUUGAAGCUCUGAUAUCUACGUGUCGUAAGAACGUUACCACACAAAUGAGAGCAAACUUGUUAACAUUAUUUAUCAUGUCACGUUGACCUUGCUUUAGACGCAAUAAGCUUGUAAUGUAUAUACUAUUGCGUUUAAUUUGAGUUCUAAAUUGCAUGAAUUUUGAAAAUGUCUUCACAAAUGAUUUUUUUUUUAUGUUAAGGCCUGUAUAGAACACUGUAUUUUGUAUAAAACGUUAAUUAAAUAUAGUUUUACAGGAUUUUAUUUCGUAAGCAAUUAUUUAGACGUACUUAUGCAAACCAAAUCUAACACACCCACUUUAUUUGGCAAAUAUAUUAAGAAAAAUAAACUUUAGUGCUAGAAUGAAUGUCAAAAAAAAUUAAAAUUGCAGUAUUUUAUUGCAAAUCGGAUUUAUUGAGUGAUUAUUGUAUAUCUAGUCUAGGAAUGUGUUAGAAUUGAUAAAGUGAAUCUGGUCUUUCGGCGAUAUUGCCUUAAUAGUACCUAAAUAUUUUUUUAAAAAUCAGAUUGCCUUUGUAUAGUUUGAAAAAUAA